CGGGGAUUCAGCGGAACAGCAACAGACGGACCGUCGCGACAUUUUAUAUCAAGAAAAAAAACACGAAGUCGUGGAUAAUACGUUAUUCAUUGAGACUUUUUAAUCUAGCCUUACAUUUCAUUUUGAAAUGCGUUUAACGCUGCAGCUACACGUUAGCUAGCAGUAGCCGCUGGCACUGUUUAUGUGGGCGAACUAAUAUGUCCCAGAUCGCCGUUUUUCUGAGAUAAAUGUAGAUGGAGGUGGCCGUUAAAGGGAAAGCCAAGAGGAGGCACCUGAAUUCUGAGGAGUGUGAUGAACUGGGACGCAGUGGAGUGGCCAGUGAUGUCCUUGCUCAACCCCAAUCUGUCAGUCAUACGCAGGGAACCUCUGACCCCAAUCAGAGGCUUUACCCCAAGACACCCACCAAGCAACAGAAACGCGGCUGUACUUCAAGAAGCCCCGCCUGGCGGAACAGAUGCAUCGACACCUUCUACCCCGUCACAAGAAUCGUGAGCUCCAGUCCACAGAAACUGGAUCAGGGCUGUUCCUCCCUUCAAGCAAAUAUACCCAAUGGAGAAAUUGUUUUGCAAGAACAUCUUUCAGAUGAGGAACUACGAAUGAUGGAGGAGGCUGCUGAUGAUACAGAUGAUGAUGUUAGCCUUUUAGCUGUCCCUUUACAGCCAGAGUCUGAGAAAGAGAUGAAUUAUCUAGAGGGACUGACCCCAGAGAUGUUCGUGGAUGAUAAUGAAUGGGACCAAAGUGAUACUAAAAAUGGCUCACAGGUAAACAGUGAGGAAGAGGAGGUGGAGGCAUUACCUGAUGUUCACUAUGGCCUCCUGGGAAAUUGCAGAGACCUGAUUGAGCCACAGGGUUGUGUAGAUGAUCUACCAGAGGAAGUGCUGAGGCUGGUGCUGUGUCUCCUCCCUGCGCGGGACCUCUACUCUGGUGUUAUGCUUACCUGCAAAAGAUGGAGGGACAUUGUCUGUGACCCUAAGUUUGUUCCCUUCAAAAAACAAUACUACCGAUACAUGCUGGAGGAGAAAGGCACCGUGGAGGAGAUCAAUUCCCUCCUCAACACCAGCGGCAUAACAGGACCUGUGUCGGAUCGCAGUGUCCGUUCACUGGUUGUAUUAAUGGCUCAGCAUAAAGCGGGUGAACGGGUGCAGCUGGACAGUGUUCUGGAGUGUGUAAAGAAACAUCGCCUGUUUCCUCAUGCUGAGGCUUCUAUCAGAUUACGAAUGCCUGAUAUUCAGAUGGAUCUCAGUGUUGGAACUGCGCAUCCCAACCCGUAUGCUGCUAUGGCCGUGAUACUGCUCUUCAGUCAGACGGUCAGCGAUGUGCGGUCACUGGUGUCUCUGCUCACAACCUGCAUGUCAAGUGUGGCCAUCACAGAGUACCUCAGCCACACGGGUAUGAUGCUGCUCGCGCUGCAGAGAAACGGCGUCAAGAUAAGUAACAGGUUGCAUUACAACAUCUACUAUGUGCUUCACUUGAUGGAGAACAGUUGUGUCAGUUCUGGUCACAACAGGCAGCCCCAGCUCAAGCUUACGAGUGAACAGCAGCGGAUCCUCAGUCACGACAUCAGAGAAGAUCACGUGGUCAAAAUCAUAGCCUUUGCAGGUACAGGGAAGACAACGACAUUGAUAAAGUUUGCAGAGAAGAGGCCACACCUCCGUUUUCUGUAUGUGGCCUUCAACAAGUCAGUUGCUGUUGAGGCAACACGCCGCUUUCCAGUGAAUGUACACUGCAGGACUGUCCACUCCAUGGCCUACAGGGAUAUUGGCAAGAGGUAUAAGGAUCACAAAAAGCUGACCUGUAAACUCAGUCCAUUCUCCAUUAGUUCGAUUCUGCCUGCAGGCCGCGGCGGCUAUGCUAAUUCCAAAGUUGUAGUAACAGUUCUCAAUGCAUACAUGGCCUCAGCAGACCGGAACAUUAGCGUCGACCACGUCUCUCGGAAAAACAGGGACGGCGUGAGCGUCGUCUUAAAACCUGAGGAGAAGUUGAUGUACGUCAGAGAUGCAGAAAUGAUCUGGGACAAAAUGAAGGACCUCAGUAGUGUAUCGGAGGAGAACAGCUACUGCAUGACUCACGAUGGUUACCUUAAAUUAUGGCAGCUCCAGGACCCAAAGCCCCUCCUCUCUGACCAGUAUGAUGUAAUUUUCAUUGAUGAGGCACAGGACUGUACUCCAGCCAUCAUAGAUGUGUUGAUGUCUCAGAGCUGUGCUAAGAUCCUGGUUGGAGACCCUCAUCAACAGAUCUACACAUUCAAAGGUGCCGUCAACGCUCUCGACCUCAUACAGCACACACACAUCUACUACCUGACAGAGAGCUUCCGGUUUGGCUCAGAGAUUGCCUACAUAGGUAACACCAUCCUUAAAGUAUGCAAGAAUGUCAAGAAGAUUCUAGUAGGACAAGAUGUGAAGGGUGGAGUGUGUGAUGAGAGCACAGACAAGAUAUUGACAACAGCGAGGAGCGGAGAAGGUCAAAACGUGGGCACGACGGCCAUCCUGUCAAGAACCAACGUGACUGUGUUCAGCGAAGCCGUCCGACUAACCGAUGCCAACCUGCAAUGCCGAAUCCACUUUAUAGGAGGCGUCAUGAAUAUUGGUCUGGAAAGGAUCCUGGACAUCUGGCAGCUGAUGAUGGGAGAGCCAACCUAUGUCAAAGAUUCCUUCAUCCGCAUUUUUGCUCGAAAGAAGAACGGCUACUUCAGCCUGAAGAUGUACGCAAAAGAAACAGAGGAUCUAGAACUGCAAAACAAACUUUCUAUUGCUGAUGCAUACAGGAAUCGAGUCCCCGAACUAGUGAGGAGACUCAAAAGUUGUCACGAAGACGACCUACGUAAAGCAGACUUUAUACUCGGGACGGUUCACAAGUCUAAAGGGCUGGAAUUCGACAAUGUUUUGGUCACAGAUGACUUCAUCAAGGUUCCCAAUUCCAGGCAUAAUCGUCACCGCGGCUCUUUUUUUUCAAUAAGUGAUUAUCCUGAUGACGAGUGGAACCUGCUGUAUGUUGCGGUGACGCGUGCCAGGACCUCACUGGUCAUCACCAAGAGCAUCUACAAUAUCCUCACCUUAGCUGGGGAAUACAUGCUGAAGCCAGCGAUGCGCAGCGAUCUUCAGGAGCAAGUUCAGCUCCUCCCCUGCUGCAUCCCAGACUGUCCCAACUGCACCAGGCCGGACUCGGCGUUCCUCAUGUGCAAACAAGAGAGGAAAUUUAUGGACAUUACGUGCUUCGGGCGGUCCACUUUGCGAAAGGUGCGUGUGGACACGCAUCGGGCCGUCCGUCUUCCUCAUGACUGACGACGUUCGCUCAAUGGAUCCAGUACCAGACCGCCUACAUUUUCAUCACCACCAUAUG